AUGAGUACUAGAGCCAAACGACCUUUGAACGGUGUCCGAGAUUCAGGUUUUGUGGGACUUCGUUCGUCUAUGACUUUGGAUGAGGUAGAUUGCGAAAGAAGAGGAUAUAAGCUUACAAAAACAGUUCUAGGUACAGGAGCUUAUGCCAAAGUGAAGCUUGCCUAUGUGAUGGAAAGUAAAGUGGAGAGGGACAAAAGACUGGCCAGUGAUCUCGAAGAAAAAGGACAUAAUAUGGUAGGAAAAGUAGCCUUUAGUUAUUCAAACGCAGGAGUCUAGUCUAACUUGACCGACGUUGAUGUAGUUUUUAAGCUUUUUAAUUUUGCUUUCGUCACGCUGCGCCACUUCAUGAUACCGUAACUUUAGUGGACCAACGCGAUUCCUCGGGGGAGUAAAACACGACAGCACUGGGUAGUUUUUGGCGUUAACUGGAGGUUUCGUCCUGUUGCAAGUUCGCCCCUCUUCUUUCCUUUUCUAUUUCCUAAUGUUUUUUGUCACUUUGGUAGGUUGCGAUUAAAGUUGUUUGUAAGAAAAAGGCGCCUCCAGAAUAUCUGUCCAAGUUCAUGCCUCGAGAAAUCGACUCCCUAAACUCAACCUGCAGACAUCACAAUGUGGUAAGGGGAAUUAUCUACUUCAACAAAGAUUGUCCUUAAACUUAACUGACCGAGACACUUCUCUGUUAUUUUCUUUAACUCCUAGAAGUGAUUAACACGUAACUUCUCCCUUUGAUAUCCAGCGAGAAUACUCAAAUUUCUCAGGUAUAAUUUUCUAUCUUGAUGUAACAUCAAAUUCUCAUAACUAAUUUGCGAGGAAAUGUGUAGCAGCUACAGGGGAGAAUUAACAAUCAGAUCUUGGGAGUUAAAGGGUUGAGAAACCUCAAGUAACAAACUAAUAGGGAUGUGCCCCUGGAUAGGGUGGCAUUUUCACGACUGGAUUGAUUAUCAUGGGGUUGCAUUUUCAAUAGAGUUACCACAAUGGGGUCGCACAUUUUCUAGGUAAGAAAAUUAUGUCAAGUAGGGAUUUAAAAAUGGGAAGAUUCGCGGUUAAAAAGUUUUAACUGUAUUACCAAAAGUGGUCUACAUAAUUGGACAAAACCUAGACCAUAAAAAGGUGAGAGUUUUGAGAGGCCAGCAACAAUUGACCCUAGCAAACCCCUGCCCCCGCCCUCUCAAAGGAAGAUGGGAUAAUCGCAGGAUCUCAUUUAUCUCGUCCAAUGAAUUUUGAUCCCAAGAUUCAACUUUACGAAACGUUCCACACGGAAUCAAAGAUUUAUCUCGUCAUGGAGUAUGCUUCAAGAGGAGACUUGCUGGAUUUUAUUAACUCGCGAUCCAGAAAAGGGGUAGGGAUUGGAGAGGAACUGGCAAAAAAUCUGUUUAGACAGAUCGCUGAAGGAGUUGCACACUGUCAUCGGAGAAACGUUGUACACAGGUUAGAUGAAGAAUUGUUUUAAAGAACACUGAGACGAAAAUCAAAUGGACUAGUCUCCAUCUGUUGUUGUUUUUAUUAUUUUUUAGUUUAGUAUGGUCUUGCAUGAAGUUAUUAGUUGUAGCAUUCUGUAUUUAUUUUCUGUAUUUAUUUCUCAUACCACAUGAAAUAAACACUUGUGUAACGUCAUUGUAUAUUCCUUUCUUAGCAUUCGGGUUGCGCCGGAUUGGGUUGUUUUAUAAAAGUUUGAAGAUACGAGUGACAGCGAGAAGGCCUUGUUUUUACGCAAUGAAAAAAGAAGUUGUGAUUAAUUGAUUGUAAUACUUCGCUGUUGCAGGGAUCUCAAAUGCGAGAACAUUUUACUUGAUCAAGAUAACAUUGUUAAAGUAUCAGGUACGCGUAAUGAACGUUUAAGAAUGCAGAUUACAAUUGCACAGUCACAUGAGCCUGCGUUGUGUUCUAAGGGGAGAUUGCGCUCCUUUACCCUAGAGGGCAUCCGAUAAAACCACGCUUAGCCUGAUAAAAAAAAUAGAUGGAUCAUGCAGGGUCGAACAUGAAAAUGAUAUUGCGGGUUGUAACUCCUAUGCAAUUCACGUGUUGUCUACUGAGAUUGGGAGCGUCGUUCUAAGGAGUCCAAAGUUCCCUGGUGUAUAUUUGGUUACAUCGUGUCAACGCCAAACACGGCGAAACGACAUUGAGCCCACUAGUUUUGCCAUACUUCGCUCGCGCAAUGCAUCCUCUCAACUCUAUCAAAUGCAAAACUAAAACCAAUCACCAUCACUUGUUUUAACUUGGAGUUCUCAUUCGCUCCUCGUAAAAGUUACCGUUGCUCUGAUUGGCUUUGGUGAUUGUUUUAGCUUUCAUUUCACGCCACUCAAUCGCUGCGCACUCCAAGCUACUGGGUGCGUGCCGGUGGUCAAAAGCCACCCUGUGGUAACUUGUGUAUGUAUUCAACUACAAUUUUUUGUAAAAUGUCGUGGAAUUUGGUGCAAGUGUCGUGUAACUUGAUCGUUGUUCAACAGAUUUUGGAUUUGCCACUCGCUAUCCCACGAACAAGUGCAAACUGCUUUCUACUUUCUGUGGAUCGUACGCAUAUGCUGCCCCAGAAAUACUGCAGGCGCAGAAAUACGACGGAAAAUGUGCAGAUGUGUGGAGCAUGUAAGUGUAGCAAGGAAAAUUAUUAUGGUUAGGAAAGUAAGAAGGAGAUGGAGGAGAACGAAACUAGAAGAAGUGAGACCUCCUCAAUGUUCCAUUGUUUCCAUCAACCUCUAACGUACAUUUAUAGUCUACAGUCAGCCGACUGACAGCUUACUUUCGAGGCGAUUUCUCUCGUCAUAUCGUUUGCUCAAGGUCAUGCAAGAGGGGGUCUGACGGUAAAGUUAAUGCCCUUAAUGGGGUCCAGGCCCCAGUUUUUCGAGGGGUGGAUAAUGGCAUCUCUAUCCACUUCUUUGCUUGAUAGCGAUUUAUCGCGUAGGAUAGCGUCAUUUGCCCUUCAACAACGGGGACGAGGUUGCCUGGUAUGGUGAGUUUUACGUGUUAAAUCGCGUUAUCAUAGCGUUUGUGUAUGCCACCAGGAACAAUUCUUUUAAGGAAUACCGUUAUCUAGACGAUUCGAUAAGAUAAAUACGGCACAAAGUCAGCUCUUUUUACUUAAGUCACUUCAAUCUAUCCUUUGUUUUUUUGCAGGGGUGUUAUUUUGUUUGCCAUGGUAUGCGGUCGGUUGCCAUUUAAUGACAAGAGCCUUCACUCACUGAUCGUUCAGACGAAAAUGAAAUUAGCAUUUCCUAGCAGAGCCACGUGCUCAGCAGGUAAAGAAUACAUGUAUAUCUAACAAAAAUCAAAUAAACUCAUACUCUGACUGACGCAGACGAGGUAGCAAGAACGAUUGCUGCAUGUGUGCUAAAACCGCCCGUUGAAAGGAGGCGCGCUUAAGAGUGGUGCUCGCUCACGUUUCAAACUUGUUUCCAAGUAGGAUAACUUUACAGUCAAAGUUAUUCUUUUUUCUUCCAGAAUGUCAGCAUAUUAUUCGCAGCAUUCUUGCGUGGGACCCCCGAAAGAGGAUCACCAUUCCUCAGCUUUUAACCCACGUUUGGCUUUCUGGUGAAAUACUCAAGGUGAGUGGGAAGGACGGAUGACGUUGAGAGCUCUUACCACACCGCACAAAGAAAAAAAACUGAACAUAAAUCGACGUUCAGAUAGACCCGUGUGGGUUGUAAAAUGACUGGAAAUCAGGCGUUCGUUUUCAUUACCUCUUUCUGCUUUGUUGUUUUUGUUGAAUGACAAAAAUGAAGAGGUUUGACAAGAGGGAGGGUGUCAUCCCACACGUCCGCCACGAGCACCCUUGGUAUUCACCACGUACCUCUAGCUUCCAGUAUUUGCUCUGAUUACAUUAGAUUGGCGCGAACGACAGACCGGAGACAGACUAGUCGUCUUAUUUUGCUUGUACGGUAACUAACUGCCAUUGAGCUGCAAUAUCAACUCGAUACCUCAUCUUGCAAAGAUGAAACUUAGAAUCAAAGUUCUAGCACCUUUAAAAGUCAACUCUCUUCCUCGAUUGCCCACGCUAUAGCCUGUUUCAGGCCCUCAGUUUUUUUGUAAGGACGAGCGAAAAAACGAGGCGAACUUCCGUAAAAAAGCUAGAAAUUGAGGACCUAGGAGGACCCCGGAGAGGAAAGAAAGGAGUCCCCACUCUUCCUCAGAUUCAGACCUUUUAACCCUUUAACUGACUGACUUAUAAUUUCUCCUUAGAGUAUCACCCUUGAAUAAAAUGUACGGGUCAUGAGAAUAAAGGAAGUGAUCACCAAGCUCCUGAUUGCAAAACAAAUUCUCCUUGUUAGCACUAAAGGAAAUGUUAAGAGGCCAGUGUGGGGAAAUGACUACCAAUGUUAAGCUGUAAAGGGUUAUUUAACUGUCUCCACUUGACGAUAAUCUGGCACAGAAAAGUUACACUAAUAAAAGUUCUCUCGAACUUAUUGUGAACAAAAUGAUUGUUGUUGUACUUUAUUUGCUCAAAAGGUAUCAUCUGUCAACGCUCAAAGUACAAAAGAAAGAAACCCUCUCACUUUGACCUCCAUUCAAAGGGAGAUCGAGCGCGUUCUUGAGAAACAAAAAGGAUCUCAACCAGAGAGGCUGACUCCUGCGAAGCAGACAGAGGUGUUCAGCACACCAAAAACACCAGGUAAAUAAUAUCAGGGGGUAUGAAUUAAAACAACUCUUUGGCAAAUAAAAAAAAGGUAUCGUCAUACAGAAGGAGUGGUAAGCCAGAAGAUAGAUGGUUGAAAUAUUUUAAUGAUAGGAUAUUCUAUCGGUGACAAAAACGACGUCUGUCAGUGACGAGGAUCAUUCGAAGAUUUCCGAACAUUUCCGAUAAUGACACGAACUGAUUGGCCGUUGUCAUCACUUAGAUUUUAGUUCUCCUCUCCUGCAACGCUCAAUCGAAAUUGCAUCUACGUAAUUCUCAGUGCUCUCUACACAAGCUUUCCAUAUCUGUCACCUUUGCCUUUUAGUUCCAAAACAUGGAUGGUCUUCCUCACGUAACACACCUGAGCCCUACACUGCCGCAAAGCUCCUGCACAAAAGGGACUACAGACUCCCCACGAAGUCCCCUGCGCCAGAGGCCAUUAUAAUAGACAGCCCUGGAAGAGAAACGCCGAGUAUGGAUCCGCCCAGAAGCUCCACGCCUUGUCCUCGAAGCUUCACACCAUCGCCUCAACCAAGAAUGCCCAAAAAGCCAGAACUAGCUGUAAAAGUAGCUCAAUUACUCACGGAGUCUGGAUACCAGACCAGAUCAACCAACCUCAGCCGUGAAACGUACGCGAUUAUGAAUAAGGCGCUGCAUGCUUCUCAACGGAGCGCGCAGACCAGGAACGAGACCCGGAGCACACAACGAGUAUGGAAGUACGUUACAAAUUCAUCUUCUAACAAAAGAAGGGGAGUCACGCCACUUGAAGGUAGGGUAGUAUUGUUUAAGGAUAUGAUCACAUCAAAGAUUUCUUUUCUUAAAUUCGUUUUUCCGCCUCCAGGUUCAAUCAGUCAGCCCCUAAAAUUGACCAGCUAGUUAACUAGUCAGUAAGUCCUUCUGUUAGUCAGAAAUUCAGUCAGUCAGCUGUUCAGUCGACCAGCCAGUCAGUCGAUGAUCAGUCAGUAAGUCAGUCAGCUAAACUGUCAGUGAGUCAGUCAGUCGGUGAUUCAGUCAGUCAGUGAGCCAGUCAGUUAGUGAGCUGGUCAGUCAGUCAGUCAGUGAGCCGGUCAGUCAAUGAGCCAAUGAGUGAGUGAGCGAGUCAGUCAGCGAGUCAGUGAGUCAGUCAGUGAGCCUGUCAGUCAGUGAGCCUGUCAGUCAGUGAGCCAGUCAGUCAAUGAGCCAGUCAUUCAGUGGUUAAGUCAGUUAGUGAGUCAGUCAGUCAGUCAGUGAGCCAGUCAGUGGGCCAGUUAGUCAGUCAGUUAGUGAGCCAACCAGUCAGUCAGUGGGUCAGUCAGUCAGUCAGUCAGCCAGUCAGUCAGUGAGUCAGUGAGUCAGUCAAUCAAUCAGUCAGUUAGCGAGCCAGCCUGUUAGUCAGUAAGUCAGUCAGUCGAUUAGUCAGUCUGUCGAUCAGCCAGUCAGUAAGUCAUUCAGUUAGACGGUCAGUCAUUCUGUCACUGUUACUUUGUGAUAUAGUAUAUGUCGCAUUUCUUGUAUAGUCUCGGAUGUAACUCCGUCACCUAAGUCCAAGAACCAAACCGCAGCAAAUACAAACUUAACUUCUGUGUGUCUGAACACUGUCGCUCCUGAUCCACCCGCGAAGGAAAGGCUAUCUAAAACCGUGUUGCCCUGGCGCCAAAUGAACCUCUUUCAGAGAGACCCAGCGCGCAGUCCUCUGAUGGAGUCCAACCAAACCAGGGGGAUGUCUUCCACGCAAGCGCAAACGACCACUAGACAAGAAAGUGCAAGAACAUCCAGAAGCAAAGAGGCCCAAGUAACUAAAACCUGCAAACCUUAUUUGAUGAACCUGGCUAUUCCAAACCACUCUAAUGCGAGUGCAAGAGUUUUACGCAUUCCUGCUUCAACAAAGGACUCCGUAAGACAUCCAAAGACAAAACAGAAAAACUCCAGAAAUGGCUCAGUUCUGAACCGGUUUAAUGACCAAAACGGCAGGGAAAGAGUGAACAGUGGUUCACCUAGAAACGUAUCUUCAACGAGAGGCUCGCAACAUGGCUGCACUCCAGAUAGCACUAACAAAAAACGCGUGAGAUUUCUACAAGACUCGCGCCAAAACUAA